UCAUUGCGUCAUGCCCGACGCGUUCAGCCCACGUAUAAAAGCCCGACACGCGCUUUAUGCCGCCUCCCUUUCUUCCCUACCACCACCAUCACCCCUCCAAUGCCUCUCCAGUCCAGACCCAUCAUCUCCCGUGACGAUAUUCUGAAGCAGCGCUCAACUGUCCCUGUCAUCGCAGAAAAGCUCGCAGAGUCCCUAGACAAGGUCUUUGUAAAGAUCCUCGCUGGAGCGACAGUAGACUUUAUCAACCGCCUCAAGCGCUGGUGGGCUCACUUUGCCGAAUCUCGUCCUGAAGGACAAGUGCCACGAGAGAUUACUCGAGAUGCCCAACUACCAGCCCUUCCCAUCUUCCUGGCGUUCGUGCAGCAUCAGGCCCUUUGCACUAGGGGUCGUAUCAGCGAGUAUGCAGUCAAAGGCACUAUCAAGACGCAGAUGCAUUCCCUUUUCUCGCUUUGGAGACGCGAAGCACUGCAGCCCCUUCCUAGACAUUACACGCAACAGGUCCUCGCAUACAUAGACUCGCAAGAACUUCACGACAUUGCACCGCUCUCGACAGAAUCAAAACCGAAGCAUACCCUGACAGCGGUAGACUUUGAAAUUCUCGUCCGUGGCUUCUUUCAAGACCCUGGGUUCAGGACGACUCGUAUGAGCCUCCAGAUGGCUUACCUCAUAAGCCUACAGUUCCUCAUGACUGAACGUCCUGGCGCUCUUGUCGAAGGAAGCAAAUACCGAAACACGGACCGCGCUAUCCUUUGGAACGAGCACGAAUGGCAUGUUGUGCCCAAUCCCGAGAAUCCUCGCCAUCCUCAUGUCUAUAUCCGCGUCCAAAUCCACCGGCUUAAAGGUCUGGGCAGCAACCAAUCUGCAUUCAAGGAAUUCAUUCUGUAUCCCGAGCCGAACAGCAAUCGAGCGUACUGUCCCUUCUCGAUGGCUACUGCCAUGGCACUUGAGGACGGUAUCUUUGCACAUGUCACCACUGCCGAAGAAAUUUUCCACCCCGCUAUACCUCCAACAGAUCACCAUAUCCUCACUCACCGCCCUUCAGCUUCUACCCAGUGCGCCGUCCGUGGUGAAAUUCUUGAUGACAACAAUUGGAAAACGUCUUUGACUCGCGCAUUAACCUAUGAUGCUUAUAAUGGCCAUCUCCGUCGGGUUAGUUUAUAUUUGGGUUUCAUCCUUGUGGUAACCGGCUAUUGUGCUCGACGUGGCGCUUCAAACAGACUCUCCGGGCAACUAAGCGAGCAAGACCUCCGGACGCUAAUGGGCCACACAAAAAGAUCUGACAUGUUUGACACCUCGUACAAGUCCAAAUUCAUUGAUAAAGAUCUCGGUGCUAUUCUUCACAACCGAACAGCCGAUGAAAACAUGCUGAAGAUUGGUAGUACUGCAUUAGACAUGUCCGCUCGUAGGGAUACCAACGCGCCUCGACAGCUCUCCGUCGAAGCCUGCGCCGAGCUAUUCGCAGAAGAGGAGUUAGUGACGAUGAGAAAUACACGUGCACAGCUCGCAGAAGAACUGGCAACAAUCUCAAAGACCGAUCAAGUCACGUGGUGAUUAUAUAAUCUGGUCUUUCGAGGCGUGGGUUCGAAUCCCACUCUCAUCAAGCUUUUGCCUUUCGAACAUCUUUUUCGUUAUAUUACAGUGUAAUAGGGUAGUGCACGAAACCUCCAAGGGGGUAAAUAACCGU